AUGGAUUAUGGUAUAGCAUGUACAGUAGUUGUCUGGCCGAUAAUUCCUGGUAUCGGUUUUCUUUAUGCAGGUUUAGCCCGAAAGCACGCUUCGCUAGGGCUCCUUUGGCAGUCGUUUUCAGUCUCGGCGGUGAUAUCUUUCCAAUGGUUAGUGAUCUUUCCUGGCGGAUUCGCGGAAAUUUCCACUGACAAGUCAGGUGGUGGAUUGGGUAUUCACUUGCCUACUCCCGAACCCGGAGAAGGCGAUUUGAUAGUUGUUUUUUUCUGUGUUGUCACUGUACAAAUUAUGAUUGGUGGUGCCCUCGAGGGCGGGAGUCUUCUGCCAAGCUUGCUAUUUGGGUUUGCCUGGGCAAAUGCUGUCCACCGGUACUGCCCACUCGCUUGCGUAAUGGACUACGCUGGUGAGGGCCCGGUGCAUGUCGCUUCUGGUUUCUCAGCAUUAACCUAUGCUCUAGUUCUUGGGAAGCGCCAAGGCUACCAAAGAAAAGAGCAUAGACAAACACUUGAUAAUGUAGCAAUGGUCUUUCUGGGAACAUGGUUUGGGUGGCUAUGCUUCAAUGGAGGAGGUGCCUUAAAUGCCACGAUUAGACCUAUUUUGCUGACAUGUGAUCCAAGUUGCGGUAUCAUUGGAUGGGUUACCGCCGGUUACUUCAGAAAGAAGGAAAAAUUCUCUGUCGCGGGUGCUUGUGAAGGAGCCAUCGCAGGACUUGUCGGAAUUACGCCAGCAGCUGGGUAUGUUGCCGUUUGGUUUGCGGCUUCGAUCGCCUUCAUCACGGCAGUCCUCUAUGGAAUCGGGGGCGCAGUCGGUGCUUUCCUAGUUUUCCUACCAGGGAUUCUCGCGAGCGAAUCAGGAAAUAUACCCCAUCCUCCCUUUCUCACACCUGGGGACUUCUGGCUUAUAUAUCUACGGGGUCACCUGGGGUUAUUUGACGGAAACGGAGUUCAAGUAGCCAAACAGUUAGUAGACAUACUAGCCAUAGCCAGCUACUCAUUCUCCGUGUCGGCAAUUAUCUUGUUGGCGAUGAACCACCUUCCAGGCCUUCAGCUGCGACCCUUUGGGGAAGCCGAGCUUCGUGGCCUCGAUAAGCACGAAUUUGCGGGGACGAAACGGAGGACUUCCGGGGAUAUGAGAGGGACAGACUGA